GCAUCGGCUGAAUGCAUGAUCGCGCUGUGACUACCAAGCACAAGCUGCAGUCUCACUCUCCUCCUCGUCUGUCUCCUUUCCUGCUCUCUUUUCCCACCACUUCCCCAUCUCUCUCUCUCUCUCUCUGUCUUAGUCUUUCUGCCUCUCAGUCUCCCUCCCUCCACCCUGUUUUCAUUCAAGUUGUUUACCCUCGUCCUCCUCGCCUCGCACUCUUCUGUCUGUCUCUUUUGCUCCAUUGUCACUGCUGUUGCUGCUGCUGAUCAUCUGGCAGCCUCACCCCACAUCCCUCCCAUCCAACCAAAAACCUCCUCCUCUUUCUCCUCCUCUGCCUCCCCCUUCUGGGUUUGGAGAUCUUAAGAGCCGCUCAGCACACGCUUCCGCAUAGCAUAACAGACUCCGCUCCCGCAUUGGGUAAAACAUGUCAACCGUCCUGGACCUGGAGCAGAUUUCGUAUGCUGGAAAUGAUGCGGAACACGACAUUGAGACUCCUCACGGCGUUCUCCAUGUGACGAUGCGAGGCGUUCCCAAGGGCAACAGGCCUGUCAUCCUCACCUAUCACGACAUCGGACUCAACCACAAGUCCUGCUUCAACACCCUGUUCAACUAUGAGGACAUGCAGGAGAUCACCCAGCACUUUGCUGUGGUCCAUGUGGACGCGCCCGGCCAGCAGGAGGGAGCGCCUCCCUUCCCCAGUGGAUACCAUUACCCUACCAUGGACGAGCUGGCUGAAAUGCUGCCCUCUGUGAUGACUCAGCUGAAGGUCAACAGUGUGAUCGGCAUCGGUGUAGGAGCUGGAGCUUACGUCCUCACCCGCUUUGGACUGAACAACCCCAGCCUGGUAGAAGGACUGGUUCUGAUCAACGUCGACCCGUGUGCUGAAGGCUGGAUUGAUUGGGCCGCUUCGAAGCUGUCUGGAUGGACCAGUAACUUGGUGGACAUCGUCAUGGCUCACCACUUCAGCACUGAUGAGCUGACAGAAAACCAGGAGCUGAUCCAGACCUACCGCCUCCACAUCGCCCAGGACAUCAACCAGGACAACCUGGCCCUGUUCUGCGGCUCCUACCAGUACCGCAGAGACCUGGAGAUCGAGAGGCCCAUCGUGGGGUUGAACGAGGAUACGGUGAACACACUAACGUGCCCCGCCCUGCUGGUGGUUGGAGACACGUCACCUGCUGUCGAGGCCGUGGUGGAGUGCAAUUCCAGGUUGAAUCCCACCAAGACCACACUGCUAAAGAUGGCUGAUUGUGGAGGUUUGCCACAAGUUGUGCAGCCUGGGAAACUCGCCGAGGCGUUCAAGUACUUUGUUCAGGGCAUGGGAUACAUUCCCUACGUUCUCCUCAGUCACCUGAGCAACGAAUCAGUGCCGUCAGCAGGAAUGACUCGCCUGGCUCGCUCGCGCACCACCUCCUCCUCCAGCAUCACCUCCAUGGAGAGCAGCCGCAGCCGCAACAACAUCAGCAGCCUGCUGGAGGGCAACGCCGCCACCACCGGGGUGCUGGACAGCCAGGUGGCACCCCAGACCAUGGAGGUGUCCUGUUAAACCCCACCCCCACCUGCCUGCGCACUCCCACAGUAAUUUAUACGCCACUCCCCUCUCUUUUCUCUCUCAUCCUGCUCCCAAGCUUCUCGACGCCAGAGGGAGUGUGUGUGAGUGUGUGUGUGAUUAGAAAAGGAGGAGCUAAUAAAAAAAAUGUAUAUUAACAGAAGCAUAUUAGAGGAUAUGUUAUACAGACAUAUAUACUGUCAAAGUGAAUAUACUAACAUAAACCGUGAGGACAUUCAGAUGUUGUAUAUUUAAGUGUUGGAGUCAGCUGUCUACCCUAUUUAUUUUUUUUGUUUUUGUUUUAAACCUCUUCAGACCUUCUUGUAGAAAUUCUCUGUGUUCACAAGAGCUUCUCUUAUUUCAUUGUAUUUUUUUUUUUUAAUUAUCAUUAUUGUUUAAAGUUCUAAGAUGGAUUUUCAGCAAAUUGUGUUUCUGCAGAUUCUUGUCGGGACGCAGGUUUGAGAUGUGAAAAACGAGGCCGCGACGAAUCAUUUUAAAGGUCUUUCCUGGACGUGAUGUCUUUAUGUGGCGCGAUAAAACUGGAAACGGGUGUGCUCGAAAAGGCUCGAGUUUCAUUUGCGUGUCUUCAAGGUUUGGAACACGUUUCAUUUCGUCCAGCGUGCUUGAUGUUAAAACUUCAGCGUUUUGAAAGAGAGCGCAACCUACAGCGCUUGACUAGAAGUCUGAAUUUGGAAAGCGUCAUUUAAAGUUGAAACUGGAUAUAUAACAACACACUUUUUUUUCUUACUUUCUGAAAUUAAGUCUUGUUUUAUGUUAAAAUUAGAUUUUUUAUUUUAUUUUAGAUUUUUUUUUGCAACUUAACCCAGUCAGAUGUAUGAGACGGAGACAUUUGAAAACGUAAAAUUUUGCUACAUUUCAGUUUACUUUGUCUCUGCUGUAGAAUAUAGAAUACCAUCACAAGCAAUUAUUAAUAACUGUAAUAAAUUACAUCAGAGUAGCAAAUUGAAAUGUUUUUUUAUAUUGUUCUCAUCUUCAAAAUGUGGAGCUAGAAAACUUUGAAAAUACUGCAGAAGUGCAUGAACUUUCCACGAGAAAAGUGGGCGAACUGAAAAACCAAACCAGACAUUUUGUUAAUCUAGUCUUCGAAGCCAGGUCACAAAGCAUUAAAGGAAUCUUGUUGUUUAAAGGUAGCAGUCAGGAGAAGGAUACAAGAUCUUGCAGUGCAUCAUUUGUAUACCAUGGCGACAAAAGCGGGUGGAGGAGGAUCGCUGAGAGGCCAAAAGUAAUAACAAGAGCAGCUUGUGUUUUCCAUCCACCAAGGAUGUGUUGAAACGGUUCCAAGUGUCAGCCAUGUUUGACUGAAAACCUUCACUAAAUCAAGAAAACAACACUUUUUUUUCACUUCCUUCCAUCUCACCAAUUCAUUGCUUUUCAGUUGAAUCGAUGGAUUAAAGAUGAGGGGAACAAAGUUGAGGGGAUGCAUCCAGGUCUCAUUAUUUUACAUCAGAUAAACGCCACAUAAACCAUAACAAGCACACGUUUGUGAGCCAGCAGAGGAGUUGCAUUUUGAAGGCAGAUAAAAGUGAGGCAGACGUAGCACUGCAACGUAGCACAAGUGAGAUUCUCCUAGAAAAUGUCACCGUUUAGCUUCGAUUUCUCCUUGUGAUCAAACUCAGCGCCUCCAUCUUUUUCUUUAAUUCUUUACGCUCUGUGUUGAUGUUUGUGUUCAGGCUGAAUGGAUUUUUCACUGACGCUUAAUAAACAGGUUCAGGUGUGAAACGUGUAGCAGUCCCGUCACGUAGGGACCAAAAACGGCUUCUCACUGUCCGCUGAUUCAGCUCAUUUCUACUACUACUCAAUAAAAAGCUGCGAGACGA